AUGACCAAGAUAUUAUGCGUGGCAGAGAAGCCGUCCAUCUCAAAGGCCGUAGCAGGUCACUUGUCCGGAGGCCAAAUCCAAACCCGCAAUACCCGGAAUCAGUAUAUCAAGAACUACUGUUUCCAAUUCGACUUUGGUCCACCAUGGGGCAUCUGUGAGGUGACCAUGACUGCCGUGCUUGGUCAUCUCACCAGCACAGACUUUGAAGAUGGCUUUAGGAACUGGCGCCACCCGCCACCAGUCGCCCUGUUCAAUGCACCCAUCUUGACUUCGGUGGCAAAUGACAAGAAAGACAUCGCCAAGAACAUUGAAGAUCAGGCCAAAUACGCCAGGGCUCUCUUCAUCUGGACUGAUUGUGACCGCGAAGGAGAGCAUAUCGGCAGCGAGAUUCGCGACUCGGCUCGGAGGGGCAACCCUCGAAUACAAGUCAAGAGGGCCCAGUUCAGCAAUAUCGAGAGAGCUCAUAUUUUGAAUGCCGCAAAAAAUCUAAGAGACCUCGACCAGAGACAAGUCGACGCGGUCAGCGCCAGGAUGGACCUGGACCUGAGGACCGGUGCUGCCUUCACCCGCUUCCUCACCAGCAGCUUGCGAGUCAUGGGCGGUCCCAUCCAGGAAGCCCUCAUCAGCUAUGGGUCGUGCCAAUUUCCCACGCUGGGUUUUGUGGUGGACAGAUACUUCAAAGUGCGAAACUUUGUGCCUGAGCAGUUCUGGAGCAUCAAGGUGCUCCACAAGAAGGAUGGCCUCAGCGUGACGUUUACCUGGGAUCGCAAUCGACUCUUCGACAGGGCGGCCGUGACCAUCCUUUUUGAGAGGUGCCUGGCAGCAAAGCAGGCCAUAGUCACCAAGGUGCAAGAGAAACCUACAAAGAAGUGGAGGCCCCUCCCUUUAACGACGGUCGAGCUGCAAAAGAUGGCAACCCGAUUCCUCCGAAUGACGGGUCAGCAGGCAAUGUCCGUCGCCGAGGCUCUGUACAACAAAGGCUUCAUCAGCUAUCCGAGGACAGAGACCGACCGGUUCGACAAGGGUAUGAACCUCCGAGCACUUGUGCAGAAGCAGACACAGGACAACCGAUGGGGUACCUUCGCCCAGAACCUGGUCGACGGCGAGUUCAAGCAGCCCAGGGACGGUCGGCAUGAUGACAAGGCCCAUCCCCCCAUCCACCCUGUCACAUACGCCGCUCCAGCCGCCUUGAAUGAUCACGAAGGCCGGCUCUACGAAUUCGUCGUGCGCCGGUUUUUGGCAUGCUGCGCAGACGACGCAAAAGGUACUGCUACGGAUGUCGACAUCAAAUACGGAGACGAAUUUUUCCACGCUCACGGGGUGAUUGUGUUGGAGAGGAAUUACUUGGACGUUUAUCCUUAUGAGAACUGGACUGACUCGGCACAACUGCCCAAAUUUACCGUCGGCGAGAGAUUCGCGCCGACAGAGGCAAACAUGACCGAGGGCAAGACGACACCUCCUGGUUACCUGACUGAGGCGGACCUCAUCGCUCUCAUGGACGCGAACGGGAUUGGGACUGACGCCACGAUGGCGGAACACAUAGAGAAAAUCCAGGUCAGGGAGUACGUGCAGGUUGUCGAACGGUCAGCUGCCCGAAGAGGCCGGCACAACGUGAAGGUCUUCAUCCCGACCCAGCUCGGUGUGGCGCUCAUCCAGGGCUUCGACGGGAUGAACUUUGAGACCAGCCUCGGCAAACCCUUCCUGCGCAAGGAGAUGGAGUUGAAGAUGAAGGCAAUCUGCGAGGGCCGCAUCACCAAGGAUCAGUUCCUGAGGGAGAGCAUCUCGCAGUACCGCACCGUGUUCGAUCAAUCGACGGAACAGCUGGAUGUCCUCAAAGCCGCUUGUCGACGGUAUAUCUUUCAACAGGAGCCUGGGGCUUGA